GAGAAGACAACAAUGCAAGGACAGGCCACACCGAAACUGUGAGAUAAAAUUCUAGAGAGAGAGUGAAUGAGUGAUUGCUGAGAUUUCUCUCUCUAUAUUUGUGCUUUCUUUUCUUCUUCUUCUUCUUCUUCUGCUUCUCUCUCUAACCAGAGAAAAAGCCAGAAGAAGCUCAUUUCCGCAAAGCAAUGCCUGCAAUUCCCAAACCCCAAUGCCUCUUCUUCUUCUUCUUCCUCGUCGUCUCACGGACUCUGACAUUUCUUCUCAUGCAUUGAGUAAAACUAUACUCAUUUCCCACUCAAAAUUUUGAGCCCAAAAAACAAAAAAAAAACAAAAAAAACAAAACAAAACCAUCAUUCGUACUUGAAGACCUCCGAACUUCAGGUCUUGUUCUAAGUCUGCGAAACGAAGAAUUUCCUUUUUCAUCGAAGUGAAUUUAUAUUUAGUUGAAAUGCACUUCGAAGUUGACGAGAUCUUGAAUGUUCGUAUCAGUUUCUGGAGAAAUCCGACGGCCAAAAUCUUGAUCCGAGCAUAAAACCGCCAAAAAUUUCUGUUUUCGAGUGAUUGAAUUGUGAUAGAGAAACUCCAUUCGGCGAAAUCACGAGAAAAUACCAAAUUUUGGAUUGAAUUUGUGAGUGAUCAGUGACCGAGGAUCCGAACUGAAAAGAAUUUCUGGAUUUCGUCAAAAAUUUACGAUGAAUUCCAGCUUUCAGAUUUGAGAGAGACAAAACUAACCGGGAAAAGAAGAAAUGCAGUAGUUUUCGGACUUGAAUAGUCGGGUUGAUAAACAACGAAGGUGAGAGAUUUCUCCGCAUUGAGAGGGCGAAAAUGGCGUCUCAGUGGGAGCAUUUUGGGGAAAUCGCGAACAUCGCGCAGCUGGCGGGGCUGGACGCCAUCCGGCUGAUCGCGCUGAUCGUGAAGGCGGCGAGCACGGCCCGGAUGCACAAGAAGAACUGCAGGCAGUUCUCGCAGCAUCUGAAGCUGAUCGGGAACUUGCUGGAGCAGCUGAAGAUCUCGGAGCUCAAGAGGUAUCCGGAGACGCGGGAGCCUCUUGAGCAGCUCGAGGAUGCUCUGAGAAGGUCGUAUGUUCUCGUCAAUAGCUGCCAGGACCGGAGCUACCUUUACUUGCUUGCCAUGGGUUGGAACAUCGUGUACCAAUUCAGGAAGGCUCAGAACGAAAUCGAUAGAUAUCUCAAGCUCGUCCCUCUCAUCACCCUCGUUGACAAUGCUCGAGUCAGGGAGAGACUUGAAUACAUUGAGAGAGAUCAAUGUGAGUACACAUUGGAUGAUGAGGAUAGAAAGAUUCAGGAUGUAAUUCUGCAACCCGAACCCUUGAAAAGUGGUGCUUCAGUGCUGAAGAAGACUCUCUCGUGCUCCUACCCAAACUUACCUUUUAAAGAAGCACUCAAAAAGGAAAAUGAAAAGCUUCAACUAGAACUACAAAGGUCACAAGCUAAUUACGAUGUGAAUCAAUGCGAAGUUAUUCAGCGUUUGAUAGAUGUCACGGAAACUGUCGCUGAGAAUACUGUUCCAGACAAGAGUUCACCUGAAAAAAGUCACAAGAAAAUGGAGCGGAACUAUUCAGAUGACAAUAGUGAAAAAGAAGAUUCAUCCGAUGAAAAAUAUAGUAAGAGAGGUGAUAGUCGUGUAACUUCCAGAAACACUUCUUCAGUUUCAUCUGGGCAUGAUCUGCUGUCAACUAGAUGCUCACGUCGCCAUGAAGAAUGGAGUAAUGAUCUACUUGGAUGUUGUUCAGAACCUUCUUUGUGUAUAAAGACAUUCUUUUACCCUUGCGGUACUUUUUCAAAGAUUGCUACGGUAGCAAAAAACAGGCACAUGUCUCCGGCAGAAGCUUGUAACGAGUUGAUGGCGUAUUCAUUAAUUUUGUCUUGCUGUUGCUAUACCUGUUGCAUUAGAAGGAAGCUCCGCAAGACGUUGAAUAUCACGGGAGGUUUCAUCGACGAUUUCCUUUCACAUUUCAUGUGUUGCUGCUGUGCUCUUGUCCAAGAAUGGCGGGAAGUUGAGAUCCGCGGUGUUUACGGUCCUGAGAAGACAAAAACAAGCCCACCACCAUCACAAUACAUGGAAUCUUAAGUGAAGGAUUUGAAGGCACUGUUCAAAUAUUGUGAGAUACAUAUAUAUAGGUAAUGGCCAGUUGCCACUGUUAUUAUGUGAAAAACUUGUAAUCUGAUUUCUACUUUCAUCAAUUCUCUCCCUCAUGUGUAAAGUAGCCUUGUUAAAGUUUUUAGAUUCAAAACAUGCUGUAUCAUAGACUUACUUUUAAAAUGAUAUGGUGUUGCUUGUGUUAUUGUAGAAGAAUUAAGCGAAUAUCACACUCAAAACUAUGUCAAUA